AGAGCCGGAGCAGCCGCCGGGAGCGUCGGAGGAGCGGGCGUCGGAGCUGCCCGCCGGGGGGCAAGAGAGGGCGCGAGAGCCCGAGCCCGAGAGCGAGCCGGCGGAGCGAGCGCGAGCGCGAGGAUCCCGGGGCGGAAAAGUCACUGUCCAAUGCGCGGCUCCUUUCCCCGGAGCGCUCAGUCCGGCUCCGAGAGUCAUGGCGACCGCAGCGUCUAACCACUACAGCCUGCUCACCUCCAGCGCCUCCAUCGUGCACGCCGAGCCGCCGGGCGGCGGCAUGCAGCAGGGCGCGGGGGGCUACCGGGAGGCGCAGAGCCUGGUGCCGGGCGACUACGGCGCGCUGCAGAGCAACGGGCACCCGCUCAGCCACGCUCACCAGUGGAUCACCGCGCUGUCCCACGGCGGGGGCGGCGGCGGCGGCGGCGGCGGCGGGGGCGGGGGCAGCGGCGGGGGCGGCGGCGACGGCUCUCCGUGGUCCACCAGCCCCCUGGGCCAGCCGGACAUCAAGCCCUCCGUGGUGGUGCAGCAGGGCGGCCGCGGCGACGAGCUGCACGGCCCGGGCGCCCUGCAGCAGCAGCACCAGCAGCAGCAGCAACAGCAGCAGCAGCAGCAACAGCAGCAGCAGCAGCAGCAGCAACAGCAGCAGCAGCAGCAGCGGCCGCCGCAUCUGGUGCACCACGCAGCCAACCACCACCCGGGGCCCGGGGCAUGGCGGAGCGCGGCCGCCGCCGCCGCCGCGCACCUCCCGCCCUCCAUGGGCGCCUCCAACGGCGGCUUGCUCUACUCGCAGCCCAGCUUCACCGUCAACGGGAUGCUGGGCGCCGGCGGGCAGCCCGCGGGACUGCAUCACCACGGCCUGCGGGACACGCACGAAGAGCCGCACCACGCCGACCACCACCCGCACCCGCACUCGCACCCGCACCAGCAGCCGCCGCCGCCGCCGCCCCCGCCGGGCCCGCCGGGCCACGGCGCGCACCACGACCCGCACUCGGACGAGGACACGCCGACCUCGGACGACCUGGAGCAGUUUGCCAAGCAGUUCAAGCAGCGGCGGAUCAAACUGGGAUUUACCCAAGCCGACGUGGGGCUCGCCCUGGGCACCCUGUACGGCAACGUGUUCUCGCAGACCACCAUCUGCAGGUUUGAGGCCCUGCAGCUGAGCUUCAAGAACAUGUGCAAGCUGAAGCCUUUGUUGAACAAGUGGUUGGAGGAGGCGGACUCGUCCUCGGGCAGCCCCACCAGCAUAGACAAGAUCGCAGCGCAGGGCCGCAAGCGGAAAAAGCGGACCUCCAUCGAGGUGAGCGUCAAGGGGGCUCUGGAGAGUCAUUUCCUCAAAUGCCCCAAGCCCUCGGCCCAGGAGAUCACCUCCCUGGCGGACAGCUUACAGCUGGAGAAGGAGGUGGUGAGAGUUUGGUUUUGUAACAGGAGACAGAAAGAGAAAAGGAUGACCCCUCCCGGAGGGACUCUGCCGGGCGCCGAGGACGUGUACGGGGGGAGUAGGGACACGCCACCACACCACGGGGUGCAGACGCCCGUCCAGUGAACUCGAGAGGGGGAGGGGCAGAGCGCGGGGCUCCCCCUGCCCGCCC